UCUCUUUAGAGAAAUCUAGCUGGUGUCUCACUGAGCAGAAGAAGUGAGCUGGGCUGAAACAGGAUCCUGCACUCCAGGUUUUCAAAUGGCUGAUCCUUUUCUAUACAAUACUGGAGAAAGGUCUCACUAUGGGUGCCUUGGCCAUGAAGUACAAAUUGAGUACCUUAAGGCAUAUGUUUGUAGACCAUCUUUUUCCACGGACAAAGCUGUGAUUGUGGUUCAUGAUGUAUUUGGAUGGCAGUUCCCAGACAUUAGAUACAUAGUCGAUUUGAUAGCAGGUCAUGGAUAUAUAACCAUCUGCCCAGACUUCUUCAAGGGGACAAAACCCUGGACAUCUACUGAUCACUGGGCUGACUUUCCCGACUGGAUGAAAAAUCAUGAUCCUAUGAAAGUAGACAAGGAAGCUGAUGUUGUCUUGAAGUAUCUAAAGGAACAAUGCGGUGCAAAGAAGAUUGGUAUCGUUGGGUUUUCCUGGGGUGGAAUGGCAGUACAUCACUUGAUGCUGAAAAAUCCUCAAUUAGCCGCUGGGGUGUCCCUCUAUGGAAUAGUUAGAGACUCUGAAGAAAGAUACAGUUUACUAAAUCCCACAUUUUUCAUUUUUGGUGAGAAAGACCACACUAUUUCUUUGGAUCAGAUCUUCUUAUUGGAGGACAAGCUGAAACAGUAUUGCAAAGUUCCCUAUAAAAUUAAAGUUUAUCCUGGGCAAGUUCAUGGGUUUGCACAACUGAAGCCAGAAGAUAUGAAACCUGAUGAUAAACCUUAUAUUGAAGAAGCUAGAGGGGAUAUGAUUGAUUGGAUCAAAAUGUUUGUUUGA